CUGCUAUUCGGAUACCAAGCCCAGUCCAGUCAGUGCCUCCGCCAUUGCGCCCGCGGGCCGCCGCGUUUCCCGCGUAACCGAACCACAGACAACAUAGUGUUUCCCGAAUAUUCCCGCGCAAAGGUAAUCAGUGUAGUACCGUUUUAAUUAUUUUGUGUUAAAUACUUUUUUGUGAAGUGUUCCAGUGUGCCACAUUAGUGCAGGUUCACGCGCAUUGUUGCUCUUGUUAUUUGUUUGCUUUGAGUUUGGAGUUCGUGCCCAAUUUUUUUUGUUGUAGAUACUUUACUACUUAUUGAGAUAAAAGAAGAUGAAGUGGCUGUUCCUUCUGUUGGUGCUGGCCUUCGUCAGCGGAGAAGAGACCUGCCUCUCCGUGCUAGAGGAACCUUACUUCCUGUUCGGCACGAAGACUGCUUACACCUUCGCUAACAGGGUCAUCCCUACAGCAAGAACUCAUGAUAUACCUGGUUGCCAACCGAUUGCCUUCUGGCUACUGAACCGACAUGGCUCUCACAAACCUGAGGCGAAUGAAGUAGUGGAACUGCAAAAACUAGGGGACCUUAAGAACAAUAUCGUCACCAAUUACAGAAAUGGCAACUUUAGGAAUACUAAUCAACGUAUCUGCUCAUCAGAUCUCAACCUACUGGAACAAUGGCGAUGGGACGACCGACAUAACCUGACGUUUGCUGGAGACCUCACUUCUGAUGGGUACAUGACCACGCAGCAGUUUGCACAAGCCUGGAAGCAAAGGUUCCCUGGACUUAUGACAUCCAACAGCCAGAACUAUUUGUUCAAGUUCGUAAAUGAUCAGCGUUCAAGCAACACCUUCAAGUCUUUCACUGAAGGUCUUUUCGGAGACCAAGCGGAGAGCCUCGAUAUACCCAAAGAAAAUGAUGAAAAAUUACUUAGGCCGUUCAAGUUCUGCCCAGCUUGGAAUAAGAGCGUCGGAGAGAACAAUGACACGGUGUCACAGCUUAACAUCUUCGAAUCUAAGAUGGAGUUUAAAGAGAUGAUCAGUAACAUCUCUCUUCGCCUAGGCUUCAACUAUGACAUUCAGAAGGAGAUCGUUCUCCGCAUCUACGAGAUGUGUCGCUACAACAAGGCAUGGGAUGUCAGCAAGAUAUCGCCUUGGUGUGCUGCCUUCACCAACGAAGAUCUAAAACGCCUGGAGUAUGCAGAAGACUUAGAUACGUACUAUAGAUACGGCUACGGGUCUCCAAUGAACAAGGACGUUGGAUGCACCUUCGUCAAGGAUAUGAUGACCUUCUUCGAGAAACAUGUUACCAAUAACAACCAGUCGCCGCUAAACCCUCGCGCGACUAUCCACCUAACCGAAGCGGCCAUGAUGCUGAUGACUCUAACAGCGAUGGGCGCCCACCAAGACUCCGCCCCCCUCACUGGAGACAACUACCACUCCGCCGUGGUACAGUCGAGGAAAUGGACCGCUUCCACUAUGACUCCAUUCAAUGCUAACUUAGCUGCUGUACUAUACAAAUGCACACAAAACGGCAACUUCCAAGUGAACGAAGAAUAUCAGGUACUAUUCCUAGAGAACGAGCGACCAAUGAACUUGCCAGGCUGUAGAGUCGGGCUCUGUGAUUGGUCACUCAUCAAGAGCCGUUACGGGGACCUUACGAAAAACUGCGACCUCAAAUUUUGUAAUUCCGGUAACAAUUUGAAUGGUUUAACUGGCAUCAGUAUUGCUAUCCUUGGUUUUAUAGUUAGCUACGUCAUCAGGAUAUAAGAUGUAUUAAUUGAAAAUAGGUCAAAGUCAAAUGUGUUUUCUAUUUUGCUGUUAUUUAGUGGUUUGCGCGCCAUUUCUGAGUAACCGUUGUAAUUUAAAUUGCUUUUCUCUUUUUCUCUUAAUGUUAACAGUUAAUGAAAGAAAGACAUAGCGAUAGAAUAUUGUGCAUAUUAGACAUUCAGCUGCAACAGAAGCUAUCCGACCAAGCGACACCGACACCCAAUUUGAAAACCAAAAACCGUCUUGGUAGCUGUCUCUUUCUUGUAUUACCUAAUAAAAGGAGACAGCGAUAGUGAAUUAAGUCUAAUCAGAUGCUGUAAGCACUAUGAGCGUAAUUUACUCAGAUAUGACAAAAUGUAUUGUAAGCAGCAAAAUACAGACGUAUUUAAAUAGUCAGAAGAAGUCCAAUAGAAGGAAUGAUCUUUAUUUUUCAUGUUGAGAAAAUAAUUACUUAGCCAUAGUAUAAAAAAACAAUUUGUUUUGUUCGAUGCUAACUUCAAAAUGGCUGUUCAGAAGUUGUCUUUGUCUUCGCGCGCUUAUUGUCAUUGUUAUACCGGGUACUUAUCGGUGACGCUCUGUUUUGCGCGCUCAUUCUCGCGCCAUUUCGCGUAAGAAACCAUAAACUUUGAAGUCGGUUUCUUAAAAAAAAAAAUACAAAAUAUGAUAAAAUUUUUCCUCUCUUUCGCACCUCUAUGGUACAAUAUUAUUUUACAAAUACAAAAAUAACGCAUAACAAUUUAUUAAGUUUUUGUAAAUACACGUUUUCUGUAACUUCUUACUUGAUGUUUAAAUGUGUGUAAUGUAUAUGGAAGAGUAAUAGAAUCAAAAAUGUAACGCACGCUUUUUAUAAAAAUCUAAUUUAUAUUUCUAUUAUUAAUUAAUUCAUUAUGUGUCAGUAUUGUUAUAUUGUGUUUUGACAGAAUGUAAGUACUUAUAAAAGUUCUAAACGAGCAAUAUUUUUUGCAACAUUGUGUAAUCUGAAACUACACUGAUUUUACAGUUGUGCAUUUAAAUAAGCCUUUUUGGCUUAUCAAUACUUAUCAUGGAUAUUACUUGUAUUUUUUCUAUUAAUUUUACAUAAUUAUUUAUUUAUUUAUCUAUUUUAUCGUUUCAUACUAAGAACUUAUAAUUAAACACAAUUAUGUAUUUACAAAAGUUGUUACUUUUUAAGUUAACGCUUAAUGUUGACGUUUGAGAAUAUAAUAAUAUUGUUGUUGUUGUAACUCGCACCAAAUAGAACUAUCUAAUAGUUGAAAUUAAACGAUUUAAAAUAGA